AUGCCAGCUGUAAUCACACGUAUUUUCAGCGAAAUGUCGACGGAGUUGAAUUCAUCGUUGCUGUGGAAUAUUCUGACGCAAGAGGCGCCCCACGAGGGCGAGGGCAAAGACGACGAGGAGGAGGACGAUGGCCAGGAGGAGGUGUCGGAGAUAUCCUACUGGAGGGACACCCUGCCCGAGGACGUCCGCUCCCUCGUGCGCAUGUUCCGAACUCCGCAGACCACGUCGAUGUUCGGGAGGGUGGACCUCGACCUCCAGUUGGAGUUGGCUCACACGGCGUUGACUCAGAUCAACGCAGAAGGAGUAAUAGUGGGCUACAUCGCCUUGCUCGAGUACCCGAAUGUGCCGGCUGUACCUUCCUUUGCAUGGCUUGAAUGGAUUCAGAAUCUUUAUGGAGAGUCGGACAACGACGAUCUGGCGCCAAUUUUCAACAAAAUCAGCAAGCGCUUCGUGCAGAAGUACGGCAAGUACUACAUCGCCGAGAUCAUCGCGCACCCCACGGAGGGACGAGAGUGCAUCGUGGGCGAGAGGAACCAGUUUGCCGUGGGCAUGAUGUGCCUGAACCGCGACAUCAACCUGGACGUGUUGAACGAGAACUUCGAGCUGGCCGCCUUCAACGGGCUGCACAAGUGGGACGAGGACGACUUCAUCCCGUUCCCGCAGAGCAGCACGGAGGACAGCCGCGAGCACAUGCGCCUCGUCGCCAUCAGCGACGUCGACGAGCCGUAA